UCCCUUUUCUCCUCAAGUCCUGAAGUUGAGUUUGCGAGGCGACACGGCGGCGGCGGCCGCGCUGCUCCCGCUCCUCUGCCUCCCCAUGGAUAUGCACUGCAAAGCAGACCCCUUCUCCGCGAUGCACCCAGGGCACGGGGGUGUGAACCAGCUCGGGGGGGUGUUUGUGAACGGCCGGCCCCUACCAGACGUGGUGAGGCAGCGCAUCGUGGAGCUGGCCCACCAGGGUGUGAGGCCCUGUGACAUCUCCCGGCAGCUGCGGGUCAGCCACGGCUGUGUCAGCAAAAUCCUGGGCAGGUAUUACGAGACUGGCAGCAUCAAACCCGGCGUAAUUGGCGGCUCCAAGCCCAAAGUGGCAACGCCCAAAGUGGUGGACAAGAUCGCUGAAUACAAGCGGCAGAACCCCACCAUGUUCGCCUGGGAGAUCCGCGACCGGCUCCUCGCUGAGGGCAUCUGCGACAACGACACGGUACCCAGCGUCUCCUCCAUCAACAGGAUCAUCCGGACCAAAGUUCAGCAGCCUUUCCACCCAACGCCAGAUGGGGCUGGGACGGGAGUGACUGCCCCUGGCCACACCAUCGUUCCCAGCACGGCCUCCCCUCCCGUUUCCAGCGCCUCCAAUGACCCAGUGGGCUCCUACUCUAUCAAUGGAAUCCUGGGGAUUCCUCGCUCCAAUGGCGAGAAGAGGAAACGUGAUGAAGUCGAGGUAUACACUGAUCCUGCCCACAUUAGAGGAGGUGGAGGUUUGCAUCUGGUCUGGACUUUAAGAGAUGUAUCGGAGGGCUCAGUUCCCAAUGGAGACUCCCAGAGUGGCGUGGACAGUUUGCGGAAGCACUUGAGAGCUGACACCUUCACUCAGCAGCAGCUGGAGGCUUUGGAUCGGGUCUUUGAGCGUCCUUCCUAUCCUGACGUCUUCCAGGCCUCAGAGCACAUCAAGUCAGAACAGGGGAACGAGUACUCCCUCCCAGCUCUGACCCCUGGGCUUGAUGAAGUCAAGUCGAGUCUAUCUGCGUCCACCAACCCCGAGCUGGGCAGCAACGUGUCAGGCACGCAGACAUACCCUGUGGUGACCGGUCGUGACAUGGCGAGCACCACUCUGCCUGGUUACCCCCCUCAUGUGCCCCCCACUGGCCAGGGAAGCUACCCCACGUCCACCCUGGCAGGAAUGGUGCCUGGGAGCGAAUUCUCCGGCAACCCUUACAGCCACCCCCAGUACACCGCCUACAAUGAGGCUUGGAGAUUCAGCAACCCCGCCUUACUAAGUUCCCCUUAUUAUUAUAGUGCCGCCCCCCGGGGCUCCGCCCCUGCCGCUGCUGCCGCUGCCUAUGACCGCCACUAGUUACCGCGGGGACCACAUCAAGCUGCAGGCCGACAGCUUCGGCCUCCACAUCGUCCCUGUCUGACUGCCCGCCCCGGAGGCAGGGAGGACCCACGCGACAUGACACCUCCCGGCCGCCGCCCAAGCCCCAUCCUGACCCCAAAGAUGCCCCCUAUUCCCCAGCACAGCCCUUCACGUCACCCGGGUGGAAGGCUGGACAGGACGGGUGGAGUCGCGGGUGGGACGCUCAGGCCCUGGGCCCGCAGCCCCCAUCCCCGCCCGCCGCGCCUCCCCGCCUGUCUGGACUGUGCGGCGCCUGGAGGAGGGACCCCCAGCCCAGCUCGCCCUGGGUGGGUCCCCGGAGCUGGCCGACCC